UACCACUUGUCGACAGUGUAUUUUACUAUUUUACCCUAUGAUUUCACCCUGUCUUAUCCAUGAAGAUGAUAAAAUUCUAUUCGUUAAUGCAGGAAGUAUGCUUCAAGGCGUGUUCAAUGCAUGUGUCUCUUGAAUCGGAUGGGUCAACGCAAUAGAUAUCUAAAAAACGUUACAUGCCGCGCAGGAUUCAGGCUCAAAUUGAGCCUGCUGAUCCAGGGAAUGGUAUUUGGUAUUCGGCUACUGCCUACCAGACUGAGCAAAGAGAGUAACCUAUUGUAACCAGGGCAAGAGGGAAUACUAAGGAUAAAUUAAACGUCCUGGAUGAUGACAGUAAAAAUGUGAAACAUGGUUUUUUCAUACGAUUCACAUGCACAAGUGGGCAACGAGGGUAUUAGUGUGACAACUACAUUCAUCGCCAGAGAAGCAAAGCGCGAGUGGCGUAACGUGGCCAGGUUAUAAAGCCGAGGUGUUUGAGCCUCGAUAUCGAAGAGAGGAGAAUCAGUGAUUCAGUAAACGCCUGACGCGAGACGUCGUAAGGUGUAUAAUAACGUCCGGUGUCGCACGCGAUCACUGAUAAUUGACAAACUGGUCAUCAGAUAAUAAGGUCUAGUUAAAUUUGGCUAAACAGAUCAGGGGUUAGCGGUGAAUUAACCAGCAUUAUCCGCAUUAUCACCGGUAAAAUUUUGGCAAUGAAACUCCAUUUACAUUUUCAUCUCUUUAGGAAAGAUUUAUGUAGAAAGAUAUUUUCUGAAAAUACUUGUUUUGUUGAUGAAUGAAAUUCACUGAAAAUUAACUCAAAUAAGUCAUAAAUUUAUGUACUGGAAAUUUCUGUCGGCUUAAUCAUCUACUGAUCUGAUGAAAAGUGAAAGAACCUUCAAUAGAACGUGAAUAUCUCAUAGUGCAAAGAAACAUCUGCGGUGUAAUUUCGCUCACAAUAAUAAAUAAAUCAUCAAUAUAAGACGUGCAGUAAAUGGAUGAAUGAAAGAUUGUGAACUAUCGAUCGAAUAUUCUAAUUAUUGUGAGUUAUAUUGUUGAAGUUUAAAACCGUUGAAAAACCAAUCAUACGAUUAUACCACGAUACAGAAUCAUGAAUAAUUCCAUCUCGAUAUCGGUGAGCUUCGAAACAAGAUCAUUAAUUGAUCACAGUGCCUGAUAAGAAGUUGAAGAACAUUUGGAACAAGAAAUCGACAAACUAACAGUGCAUCAUUUUUUCCACGUUAUUGUUGUUGUAUUACGUCUGUUUUCAUUUUCGCGAUGGAGGUGGACACUCAAAUUCACGGGGAUGCCGUGCUCGAAGAAACAUUUUACAUAACCUCCAAGAAAAACACAUUUUACCGGGUCAAAUUGUCAGAAAAAGGCCUGAGUCUUCAGAAAGAAAGCAAUGGUUGUACAAAAACAGAAACAAUCGCUCUAGCCGAUAUCAUAGGAUGCAGAUGCAUGCGUUCAAAAAAACGCAACGCUGGCUCGUGCGUUUGUCAUCCUGGGGCAUCCAGGAACCAACUAAGAGCGGUCGAAUCUAAUGAGAACAUUCAACCCUUUGAUGAGUUCGACACAUCUGCUUAUCUCUACAUUUACGCUUAUCCGUUGAAGAAGUCAGCCAGAGUUAAGGGCACGAGGAAGAGGGAGAGAAGCACCCUUACACUACGAUUCCGGAGCUUUGAUAGAUACGAAGAUAAUUUCAGGGAAGCUAGCAGGUGGCGACUCGCUAUCAAAUGUCUCAUCGCCAAGUUGCCAGUUCCAAAAAUGCUGCUUAGCCCCAGCCACGGGAAUCUGGAUUCGAUUCUCAGCGCGUGUCCCGGAGAAGAUCGCAAGCUCUUGGUCCUUCUCAAUCCAAAAUCUGGACCAGGAAGAGCGAGGGAAACUUUUCAACGCAGAAUUCACCCAAUUUUAUCAGAAGCCGAAAGGUCCUACGAUAUCCAUAUAACGAAGUACCCAAAUUACGCCAGGGAUUUUGUCAAGUCGAAGAACAUUUAUCAGUGGAGUGGUCUACUCAUGGUCGGUGGAGAUGGCAUAGUUUUCGAAGUUGUGAACGGGCUUUUCGAAAGACCAGAUUGGGAGAGAGCGGUACAACAAUUACCACUUGGUAUUAUUCCUUGUGGAUCGGGAAAUGGACUGGCCAAAUCAAUUGCUCAUGCCAAUCAGGAACCAUUUGAUCUAAAUCCGAUGCUGAUCAGUACAUUGGCAGUGGUCAAGUGCAGAAGAACUCCGAUGGAUCUGGUGCGCGUAGAGACGAGAAACCAGAUUAUGUUCUCAUUCCUUUCGGUGGGUUGGGGUUUGAUAUCGGAUAUUGAUAUCGAGAGCGAACGUCUCCGAGCUAUCGGUGGUCAAAGAUUCACGAUUUGGAGUGUCGCGAGACUCAUUGGACUCCGAACUUACAAGGGAAAAGUCUCUUAUCUACCCUGUGAGAAAUUAUUUGCCAAAGAAAAUGAAAGUAAUGGUGACAACAGCUUUCAAAAAGAGCGACAGGCUAAUGCAACUGAAAAAAUUGCACACUCCAAAAGCUAUGGGGAAGAUCUUGACCGGUACAGAAGUCUUUCCGAAUCGAGGAGCUUUCACGAUGCAAUAGACAACGAUCAGCUCAGUACUGGUCAGCGGAAGUUAUCGGGCAUUGGAGGUAGCGAAGAAGACGUCAUAAUGGACAACAUGGCACUGGAAACUGAAAAUCCGAGCAGGCGAAGGCUGGACAGCUUCUACUCUGCUACUUCUAGGAGAUCGACGUAUUACAGUGCUGGCGGAGUCUCCAGCUAUCAAAGUCUGAAUGAUUCUCAGGGAACUGACUUGGGCCGAGGCAAUCCAGGAGAAACUCGUAUUAUGUAUGGCCCUGCGUCGACCUUACCAGCGUUAACUGCCGCACUUCCUUCUUCGUGGACUCAGAUUGAAGGUGAGUUCAUAAUGGUCCAUGCAUCAUACCAGUCACACCUUGGUCAAGAUUUCCUCUUUGCACCUCGUGCAAAAUUAGCUGAUGGUAUAAUCUGGCUACUGAUUAUCAGAGCAGGUAUAACGAGGGGUCACCUUCUGCAGUUUUUGUUAGGCUUAAGCAACGGUUCUCACCUCUCGUGUCCCGGAGUAGAAAUGAUUCCAGUAACAGCUUUUCGAAUUGAACCAGCUGAGGGAUUUGUUGGCAUUUUAACUGUCGAUGGAGAAGCUGUAGAUUAUGGCCCACUUCAGGCAGAGGUGUUUCCGUCAUUAGCAAAUGUCAUGAGCACCUGAUGAUUAUGUUGAUUGUGAUACUGAUUAUCUCAGAGCAGCUAAUUGUAUGAAAAAUCGAUUUUCUGCGAAUUGAAUCAAAAUAACUACGGAAUCACAGCCUAGGCUUUAGAGUCGUUUAAAAACUUGAGAGAUAUUCGAUUAUUUAUGAGAGUUAAAUUUUGAGAAUUUUCUAGUCGAUGCUAUCCCAAAAUUUGAAUAGGGAUAGUGACUUUAGUUCUCAGGAGAUGUAAAUACAACGCCGGUCAAUUUCUCAAAGACUGGUUUAAAAAAUGUGAAUAACUGUACUUUACUUGUUGAAUUAUGUUACAAUUAUUCAACUGAGAGUUGUGAAAGUUUUGAGAAAUUCGGUUAUUUAACUAGAUUAUGGGUGACCAUAAUCGUUGAUUCAGGUUUGUAUUAUACAAUUACUCCGCUGCCAUUCCAAAGUAGCAAAAACCAUUGGCUUAGAAUUUCUAUUGAAAAAUCGUUCCUGCUUUCAAAGCUUUUAUUAUAAUAUGCAUCAGCAUAGUUUUCUAUUAUUAUUAUUAUUAUUAUUAUAGCUAUCAAUAAUUAUUCCAAGAACAGUUGUUCUAGCUAAGUAUGAAGUCGUAAAAUCUAUGGUAGCAUUUAUCGAGUAUUAUUCAAAGAUGAUCAAAAUAAUGACGGGCCGUUAUAGCCCGAUGAUCCGCUGUAGUGUCGUUUCAAAUGCAGUGGUCAGUUUCUAGGCCCGAUAGUUAGAGUAUCAGAUCAUUAUUUAUGUAUUAACAAUCAUUCAAAAGGUGUUCCAACUACGAGGUUAAUAACAUUAAGAACAAUAACAUAGAACGCCCCAAGCGAAUUAUUCCUAUCAAUUUACUUCAAUGAUGAAGCGAUCGAGUAGAUAUUUACCUCAUGCGGAUGAACAAAUCGAAAUGUUGUUGCAUGAAUUUACAUUUUUAAACAUAUAAAAACUGAACAUACGUUUGAAGUAUAUACAAAUUUCUUUGUUAUUAUAGGAUUUUAUAAAUAAAUUUCUUAUUGAAACAGAUAAAGUAUGCAGCUCCCCGUAGCUAUAACUAUUACUAAAUAUUCACGAUAUGCUCAAUCCUAGAUUUUCGCGUAAUUUAACAUACUAUACAAAAAUUAUAAUAAUACUAAACUGUUAUGUGGUUGUUGUGUUGAUCGGUAUUAUUUAUUUUUAUUUCAUUGGGAUAUUAUAAACAAGAAUUGCUUCCAUGCUAUAAUUUUAUGUAUUUGUAUAAAUGUGAAAACAAACAAAGCGGCAAUAUUGAAAGUGAACUUCGCAUUUUAAUUAUGAAUAAUCAAAAAGCGGAAAAAAUCGUUGAUUUAAAUUAUCGUACCAUGAAAUGCAUAGUCUGCUAGUUUUUAUUGUAAAUACAUAUGUAACAAUCGUGUAAUUAGGUGCUGAAAGGUUAUUGUAAUACGUAAGUGAAAUGUUGAUAAUGAUGGUAAUUUUGUGCCAACCUAAACAACGUACUGAAGCGAUAUUAUACUUAACGUCAGGAAUAUGAGUGGUCAAAACGUUGGAAAUAAAAACGAAAAAAAAAAACAAACAAAAGAGAAAAGAUGUUUGAUGGUGAUAGUCUGCUGUUUAGUAAAGUUAGACUGCUGGAAUUUCAACGACCAACGGUGUCAAAUAACAAAUUAAUUCAACUAUUUGAGAAAUGUUAAUAAAAAUGUGAGAAAACUCA